CAUCAGAGCUUCUUUACACCUUAAUAUAAAGGGAUCUGUCUUAACCAGGGGUGGCACUUAGUUGAUAAAAAAGUACGGCAUGACUUCUGCUGCUUUCAUAGAGGGGUGACUGAAGGAAAGGAAUUUAGGUUGCCCAGGAACAGUAAACAUUGAAAAAAUAACAUCACCUCUGAGGAAACUUUCACUUCAAUUAUUUGUUUCUUUGGCAUACACGAAAUGAUAGCAACUACUACACCUGGUGCUUUGGAUCAGGAAACCAUGAGCUGGUUUGCUCAAAUACUGAAAAACUGGAUUCCUUUUCCUUUCCUGGGAAAAUAUCUGAGUUGUGGGGUUCACCCUCUGUGGUUAUUUGUACCUCUGGUAUUGUUAUAUUCUUUUUAUUUAGGUGCAUAUUUUUCUGGCUGUGUCACCUCACUUCUGUUCUAUAUUUACAAGAACAAGGAUAAGAAAGCAGAAGACUUUAAUAGCAAAUUAUGGGAAAAGCCAAGGCAAGUUGUUGCACUUCUUGUAGAUACAGUUGGGAAGAUAUGGCAUGGUUAUGAGGUUAUUGGCAUGGAACAUCUGCCUGAAGGACCAGUGCUUAUUGUUUAUUACCAUGGGGCCACUGUUUUUGACUAUGCCUUCCUUGUAGCAAAACUCUUUAAAGAAAUGGGGAGAAUGUGCUAUUCUGUAGUCGAUCACAAGAUGUAUCAACUGCCAGGGCUGAAACUGUGUCUUGAUGUGCUUUAUUGCAAAAAUUACAACAAAGCUGAAUGUGUGGAAAUUCUCAAGAAAGGUGGUUUACUGGGAAUCUCACCUGGUGGAAAUAGAGAAGGAAACUUUAGUGAUGACUACAGCAUUAUGUGGAAUAACCGAAAAGGUUUUGCGCAAGUAGCUCUAGAAGCAAGAGUGCCCAUCAUCCCUAUAUUUACUCAAAACCUUCGUGAAGGAUAUAGGACAAUUGGAAAGACAAAAUGUUAUUUCAUUUCAUAUGCAGGGCUGGGGAGAUGGCUGUAUGAGAAAACUCGACUUGUAAUCCUUCCCAUAUAUGGAGGGUUUCCAGUCAAAUUUCGCACAUAUAUUGGAGAACCCAUCCCAUAUGAUCCAACUAUAACUGCCAUGGAGCUUGCUGAAAGAACAAAGGCUGCAAUUGAAAAUCUUCGGAAUAGAUACCAAAAAAGGCCAGGAAAUAUAUUAAGAGCUCUUUCAGAACGAUUUGAUAAGCAUUACAAAGCUAACUAGUCUAUAUAAAACAUCUAUACUUAUAUUUCCUGUUGUAUGUGUGACCAUAUGUCUGUAGAAAGCAAUUUCAAUAAUUAUGUAAUU